AUGUACUUUGUCCUGGUGAAGCUCCCUGUUGUUCCCAGGUGGGAGAAGGAACCGAACUACUGUGACAAAGUCAAAAAGACGCCGCCUUACAACCACCGCAACAGAAUGGUGGACGUCAUAGACAUGGCUGUGCUGGACUUCCUCAUGGGCAACAUGGACAGACAUCACUACAAGACUUUUGAGAAGUUCGGCAAUGAGACUUUUGUGCUGCAUCUGGAUAAUGGGAGGGCGUUUGGGCGUCACUCCCGGGAUGAGUCGUCUAUUCUCGCUCCGUUGCGUCAGUGUUGCAGGAUUCGUCGCUCCACCCUCUUCGGCUUGCGUCUCUUGUCCCUUCCCGCCUUCCGUCUGAGUGACGUCCUGCGGGAGUCACUGGCUCAGGACCCCCUCGCCGGGGGGGCACCGCUCCUGUCCGAGCCGCACCUUUCUGCUUUGGACCGCCGCCUUGUAACCGUUCUGCGGGGGAUGCAGACCUGUCAGGAUCAGCACAGCGAUGUCCUUUAUAACGACUUGUAA